AUGGAUUCUGGCGGUGAUAAAAGCUUUCUGGUGGAGCGUAUUUUGAACCACCGCAAUGUGAAUGACGUCCGGACGAGUUACCUCGUCCGCUUGCGUGGCUAUCUACCGGCGUGGGACAGCUGGGAGCCUCGUGCCCAGCUGAUUCUUAAUGUUCUUGGCCUCGUCGAGCAGUAUGACGAGACCCACCCGCUGCGUUCGAAGAAGGGCCGUCAGAAAACGACCUCUCUGAACGCGAGUACAGGGGUUGCAAAGUGUCAAUCCCUUCGGCUGUCUCAGAAGAGAUGCGCGCCCUCCAGUAGGGAUCAUUAG